UCUCGCCUCCAAAAGGCCAUCGGCAGCUAUUAAUAGCAGAGCUGAGCAAGGCCAGAGUUAGUUAAUUUGGUAGUUAAGUUCAGUUACAAUGGCUACCGAUGAAUCGUUCAAGCGAUCAGGUUCUGUGCCGUUCACGUGGGAGAUCCAACCAGGUGUUCCGAAGCCACACCAUAACCAACCCUCCAUUGAACCAUCGCCGACGCUUAGGCCUCCACCUGCCGGUGCCGGAAACUACUUUACCGGUCAGGUGAAGUCAAAAAUACGGUCCAAAUCAGUGCGGACUCGAUCCGAUCGGAAUCGAUUUGACUGGUCCAGUUCCGAGGUAGUAAGCACCGGUUCACCUCGUUGUUUCCCGCCAUUUCCAACGCUAAAGGUUGAGAAGAAGAGAAACGGCGAAACAGAGCCGGAAGUGGAUUACACCUCCGAUCCUGAAACUCUGGAUAGGUGGUCGACAUCUACAGGGAAGACGCUCUCUUCGUUCGGUGAUUCGGUUUCUUCUUCUUCUUCUUCUUCAUCUUCUUCGUGCUUCGGCUCACCAUCUCCGUUCUCAUCGGUUCAGUCGUCGCCGCAGGCGGCGGGCGAUGCGGUACGCGGCUUAAGGCCUUUUCUAGAGAGAUGGAGAAUUUGAAGGAAUUGUCACUCUAUGCCAAUGGGAUGGUCAAGAAUUUGAAUGAAAAGGAAUCUUCAAUAGUUGUUAAAAAAAAAUUAUACUAGUUUGAUUCUCAUUUUGAGUAGCUUUGAUGGUCAAAGUGAGAUCUUGUUCUUGAAUAUUGAUUUGAUCUUUGGGUUAUGUUUCUCAAGUUAAUCCACUAUUAAUUGGGAAUAUGAGUUUUUAUAAAUACCGGUAUCGAUUUGGAACUGGCCGAUACCUAAUAGGUUAUGUGAAAGGCACAGGAGAGGAACAGAUCAAGCAAGAUCUAAAGGCUAUCAUAGAAGACAUGGCAGCGUCAAAAACUUCUUCAGAGAAGUUCAUGAUUCUGAUGCUGAUCAAGAAGAUGGUAGAGUCUCAAAGUAAAGGAUAUGAAAAUCAAAUAUGAGACUAGUUCUAUUAGUCCUGUUCUAACGAAUUCAGAUGGCAUAGGUCUCUUUGAGUCAUGGAUUUUUUUAUUUAUUUAUGUAUUUUUUUUUAUUUUUUUAUCGAAAGUUGUAGAUUAAUCAUGAACAGUUUGAUGGCUUUUUUAGAGUA